GGUCAUUACUACUUCUCCCUAGAUAUUAGUCAUAUUCAAGACAGACACACGGAAGUGGUGAGGGACAUGGCAUUCUGGGUUCAACUAACGCUGCUGGUUGCCGUUCUAUUCCCAGCAUAUGUUGAGUCGAUGGUUCAUCAUUACAACUUCACUGUGGUGACGAUCAACACAACAAAGCUAUGUUCAAGUAAGCCUAUUGUAACUAUUAACGGGCGAUUUCCAGGGCCAACUCUUUAUGCAAGAGAGAGCGAUAACGUGCUAGUGAGGGUAACCAACCAUGUCCAAUACAACAUUACAAUUCACUGGCAUGGAGUGAGGCAGCUACGAACAGGGUGGGCAGAUGGACCUGCCUAUAUCACACAGUGCCCAAUUCAGCCUGGAGAAAACUACUUAUACAAUUUCACCCUGACUGGACAAAGAGGGACACUUCUUUGGCAUGCACAUAUAUCCUGGCAAAGGGCUACCGUCCAUGGUGCCGUUGUUAUUUUACCCAAAAAAGGUGUCCCUUACCCUUUCCCCAAACCUGACAAGGAAAAAAUCAUCAUACUAGGGGACUGGUGGAAAGCAGAUACUGAAGCUGUGAUAAACCAGGCCUUGCAAACUGGUUUGCCCCCAAAUCUAUCAGAUGCACACAUCAUCAAUGGCAAUCCCGGACCGGUUUCUAAUUGUUCAUCUGAUCGUGCUUAUACUUUACAUGUUAAAAGUGGGACUACAUAUUUGCUACGCAUCAUAAAUGUAGCCCUCAACGACGAGCUCUUCUUCAAGAUCGCCGGCCACAAUCUGACGGUGGUGGAAGUCGAUGCAUCCUACACCAAACCCUUGUCAACUGACACUGUGUUCCUUGGUCCAGGCCAAACCACAAACGUCCUUCUAACCGCCGAUAAGGGCGUUGGGAAGUACUUAAUUGCCGUGUCUCCGUUCAUGGACACCGUAGUCGCCGUUGACAACCUGACCGCAAUAGGCUUUCUACGCUACAAGGACACCGUGCCCUUUUCUCCGCUCACACUGACCCCCAUCCCUCCCAUAAACGCAACCUCUGUUACAUCCACAUUCUCUCGUUCUCUCCGCAGCCUUAAUUCGAAAAAAUACCCGGCGACGGUCCCUUUAACGGUCGAUCAUUCACUGCUUUUCACCAUUGGGGUCGGAAUCGACCCCUGUUCCACCUGCACCAAUGGUUCUAAGUCCGUCGGGGCCAUCAACAAUGUGAGCUUUAUAAUGCCGACCACAGCUCUGCUUCAAGCACAUUACUAUAACAUAAGUGGGGUUUUCACGACUGAUUUUCCGCCGACGCCACCGAUACCCUUUAAUUACACCGGAAACCCCCCGUCAAAUCUGCAGACCAACAAUGGUACUAAGCUAUACAAAUUGGCCUAUAAUUCAACCGUUGAACUCAUAAUUCAGGGGAACUCCAUUAUUGCACCAGAAAGCCAUCCAACCCAUCUUCAUGGAUUCAAUUUCUUUGAAAUUGCAAGAGGAGUUGGCAACUAUGACCCACAAAAAGAUCCCAAGAAAUACAACUUAGUUGAUCCUGUUGAGAGGAACACCAUUAGUGUACCUACUGCCGGAUGGUCAGCAAUUAGAUUCAGAGCAGAUAAUCCAGGGAUUUGGUUUUUUCAUUGCCAUUUGGAAGUACACACAUCCUGGGGGCUUAAGAUGGCAUUUUUGGUGAAUAAUGGCAAAGGUCCUAAUGAAUCAAUUCUACCACCUCCGAAAGAUCUACCAAAGUGCUAAACAAAAAUCAAAGUUUGAUACUAUUAGAUGUUUUUAGAAUGUGAAACUGUGAUUCAGAACAAGGAGAGAUGAUUUGACAAAAAACCAAUAAACAGCCAAAGAAGAGAAGACAGAGGAUUGGUUGUUUGGUUUUGGGAUGACAGAGGUAGCAACUGCUGAAAAGGAUAAGAGUGAUGAAUAAAUUAUGAUAAGUUGAAUUGUAUAUGUCUUCUUUGUCAAUUGUUAUCUCUAGCUUUUUGGUUUGAAUUGAAAAUUUGAUACUGGGAAAAGCUCUUCAUUUCUACCACUUUUGUUUGUUUUGCAAGGUUUACUUUGAUCCAUUAAAAUUUAAGUUAUGUC